CGGGCCCGUCCCCCAGCGUCCCCCCCGAACACCAUAGGCGGCUCCGGCUCCAAGAUGUCCAACCGGGUGCUCUGCCGGGAGGCCAGCCACGCCGGCAGCUGGUACACGGCCUCAGGACCCCAGCUGAAUGCACAACUAGAAGGGUGGCUUUCUCAAGUACAGUCCACAAAAAGACCUGCAAGAGCCAUUAUUGCACCCCACGCAGGAUACACGUAUUGUGGAUCUUGUGCAGCCCAUGCUUACAAACAAGUGGAUCCUAAUAUCACCCGAAAAAUUUUCAUUCUUGGGCCUUCCCAUCACGUGCCCCUCUCCCGAUGUGCACUUUCCAGUGUGGACAUUUACAGGACACCUCUGUAUGAUCUCCGAAUUGACCAAAAGAUUUAUGGAGAAUUGUGGAAGACUGGAAUGUUUGAGCGUAUGUCCCUACAGACAGAUGAAGAUGAACACAGUAUUGAAAUGCAUUUGCCUUAUACUGCUAAAGCCAUGGAAAGCCAUAAGGAUGAGUUUACUAUUAUUCCUGUGUUGGUCGGAGCACUGAGUGAGUCAAAAGAGCAGGAAUUUGGAAAACUCUUCAGUAAAUACCUAGCUGAUCCUAGUAACCUCUUUGUGGUUUCUUCUGACUUUUGCCAUUGGGGUCAGAGGUUCCGUUACAGUUACUAUGAUGAAUCCCAAGGAGAAAUUUAUAGAUCCAUUGAGCACCUAGAUAAAAUGGGUAUGAGCAUUAUAGAGCAGCUAGAUCCUGUAUCUUUUAGCAAUUACUUGAAGAAAUACCAUAAUACAAUAUGUGGAAGACAUCCUAUUGGAGUAUUAUUAAAUGCUAUCAACGAGCUCCAGAAGAAUGGAAUGAAUAUGAGCUUUUCAUUUUUGAAUUACGCUCAGUCAAGCCAGUGUCGAAACUGGCAAGACAGCUCAGUGAGUUAUGCAGCUGGAGCACUUAUGGUCCACUGAACCACUGAAUGCUCAGGGAUGGCACCUGCACACACUCUGUAUACGGGGUCCCAGCCUAGCCCUUACAAAGAUACAGUCCCUGGUCUUUGGGUAUACUGAAACCUCAAACUAAUAGAACUCUGUUCUUUUCUAGUAGGUGUAGUCCUUCCUUAGUUUCAACUCAUUUAAAAAUGCUUUCUUGUUUAGGACAAUGGAAGGAAGGCUGGUAUAAGAACUUUUUGUGCUUUUUUUUUUUUACCUUUUUUUUUCUUUUUUUGUUUUUUGGGGAAGAGAUAAUGGCUGUGAAGGCAUGGUGGUAGACUGUCCUUACAAAUACAACAUAUAAAGCAUUUACCAUAUCCUAAAUUUGCACUCUUUGCAGACCUGUGCACAUAUACUCUGCUUUCAGAAUAGUUUUGCAAGUUGUAAACGGAAAAAGGGGGUGGAAGCUUUUUAAUAAAAGAAAAAAAAAAAGGAAAACAACGCAUUUAUAAAUUAUCCUGUAUUAGAAUAUAAUAAAACUCCAGUAUAGUCAGUUACUACCCGUGAUGUACAACAGAUAUCUUCUAUUUUAGUUGCUAAUAAAGGGCUACACAAACCAAAA